CACGUGUACCCUUGCAUGUCUCCAAUACCCAACCAUUCUUAACACCUGUCCCUAUCCUGCCCUUUCUUCUCACACCAUCAUCAUCAUCUAACCUUACCACUUCCUCUUCUCUUCUUUAGCCCUUCCCCUUUCUCCCUCUCUCUUUCUUUCUAAAACCUUCACCUUUUCGUUCAUGGCUGACCGUACUCCUCCUCAGAGACCAUCAAGAUUCUCAGCUGCCUCAACAACCGUUAACGGCUCCACUUUUCUACGUAAACUCCGAGCCCAUGCGCCUAACUCAACCCAACUCGUCGGUCUUUUGACUCUUCUUAUUACCGGCUCCAUUCUUCUCCUCCUUGCAGGCCUUACUGUCACUGCUACAGUUCUUGCUCUAAUCUUUUUCGCUCCUCUUAUCGUAAUUUCUAGCCCGAUAUGGAUUCCAGUCGCAAUCUUUCUCUUUAUCUCCGUCGCAGGGUUCUUAUCCAUUUGUGGGUUUGCGGCGGCGGUCGUGGGUGGGUUAUCUUGGAUUUAUAGAUAUUUUAGAGGGUUGAAUCCACCUGGUUCUGACCGGUUUGAUUAUGCACGUAGCCGGAUUUAUGACACGGCGAGUCAUGUGAAGGAUUAUGCUAGAGAAUAUGGUGGGUAUUUGCAGAGCAAGGUGAAGGAUGCAGCUCCUGGUGCAUGAUAUGAUCGGAUCAGAAAAUGGGUCUGGUUUUUUCAUGCUUUUUCUUUUCUUUUUUUUCUUUUUUUUUUUGUGGGGUUAUGAUUUAAUUUUUGUCCAUUUAUAAUUAAUGGUGGAAUAUUUUUGUUUAGUGCUUUGUCUUUAAUGCUUAUAAAAAAUGUUUAAUGUUUGUAUGGAGGGUUUGGUGCUUUAUUUGGAUUCGAUUCCAUUGUCGUUUUAA